UCCGCGCCAAGGGCACGUUUGGCCCCCUCCGUUCAGGGAACGGUUGCCCUGUAGUCGCGGCGAUGAGCUACGCCGGGGCGACGGCGGCUCGCUCCCUGCGGCGGCUGCGCGUGGGUGGCCCGCGGCCCCUCUCAGCUUAUGGAAGAAAAAUCAGUGUCAGAUUUUGCAGCUCAGGAAUGACCUUAGACAACAUCAACCGGGCAGCUGUGGACCGAAUAAUCCGGGUGGACCAUGCGGGUGAAUAUGGAGCGAACCGCAUCUAUGCAGGGCAGAUGGCCGUCCUGGGUCGGACGAGCGUCGGGCCGGUCAUUCAGAAAAUGUGGGAUCAAGAAAAGGACCACUUGAAAAAGUUCAAUGAGUUGAUGGUUGCAUUCAGGGUGCGGCCGACCGUUCUGAUGCCCUUUUGGAACGUGAUGGGGUUUGCGCUGGGUGCAGGAACCGCCCUGCUGGGGAAGGCGGGCGCGAUGGCCUGCACCGUGGCCGUGGAGGAGUCCAUUGCACAUCACUACAACAACCAGAUCAGGACGCUGAUGGAGGAGGAGCCUGAAAAAUACCAGGAGCUUCUUCAGGUGAUACGGAAGUUUCGGGACGAAGAGCUUGAGCACCAUGACAUAGGCCUGGAACACGAUGCAGAACUGGCUCCAGCAUACGCCGUUCUGAAGACCGUCAUCCAGGCCGGCUGCCGCGUGGCGAUAUAUUUAUCAGAAAGAUUUUAAAGUAUGUCCCCUUUUCCCUGUGUAUAAAAGAUGAUAGUAACUUAACAAGUGACAUUGGCAGAAAAAGAAAUGUACAAUGAUUUUUCUGUGAAUUUUGUUAAUAAACCGCAAGAGGUUUUUUUCAUUAAUAAAA